CAUGGUUUAAUUUUUCUAAAUGAAAACAAACAAACAUUCUUAAAUCUUAAUUACUAUUUGAGAUGCAAGAGAGCAACUCUUAAGAAUCACCUCCAUUUGGUAGACCAACAUGGAUUAUCAGCUUCUAAAGUUUGUUGCAAUGUUGAUAAUGACAGCAUUUGGAGACACAAGUUUAACCAUAGAAGCCUGCAGUCCUAAUGACAUUAAAGCUUUGAUGAGUUUCAAGAAUGGAAUCCAAAUCGACACAUCGGGUCGUCUCAAAAAAUGGGUUGGUCUCAACUGCUGCAAAUGGGAAGGCAUUGUCUGUAAAAAUUUAACCAUUAGAGUGAAAGAGAUUAAUCUACCAGGAUUCAUUUCCAAAGAUGGAGAUUUAUUUCAAACACAAAUGACAGGGUUGAUUUCACCUUCAAUAGUACUUCUUACAUCACUUGAAGUCAUUGAUCUUGGUGGUUUAGUUGGUCUUAGUGGAAUAAUUCCACUAACCAUUGGUCUGCAUUUAACAAAUCUUCAAAAGCUUUACCUUUAUGGAAAUAAUUUAACUGGUUCAAUACCAGAAAACAUUGGUGACUUGCAAAAUCUCCAAGAACUUGCUCUUCAAGAAAAUAAGCUAUCUGGGUCUAUUCCUUUGAGCAUUGGAAGACUAAAAAACCUCAAAAGGUUGUUGCUUUAUUCAAAUCAAUUUUCAGGUAUAAUACCAUACUCACUUGGAAAUUUGAGAAAUUUGGUUGAGUUGGAUUUUCAUGACAAUGCUUUAACCGGUAAUAUACCAGAUGAAAUCGGUAAAUUGCAGGCUCUGGAAAAUCUUGAUCUUUCAAACAAUUUGUUAAGUGGAAAUUUACCUUCCUCGCUAACUAAUUUAACUGUCAUUUCGGUUAUGUACCUAGACACCAAUUAUCUCGAGGGAACCAUUUUGUUUCCCUCGAGACCAGGCGAAAUGUCUAGUUUAGCCUUCUUAAGACUUCAUAACAAUCACCUUGAUGGAAAAAUACCUUCCAAUUUUGGCUAUUUAGUAUCUCUUCAAAGAGUUUCUUUAUCAAACAACAAACUAGAAGGAACAUUACCAUCUAGUAUAGGAAAUUUGAUAUCAUUAACUGAGUUUUAUAUCAGUGAGAAUUUUUUCUCUGGCUUAAUACCAAAAUCAAUAGGCCAAAUUUCUCAGCUCAUAAUGUUGAACAUCUCUAGAAACUUUAUUGAAGGGCCAUUGCCUCAAGAGAUUUCUUCCCUUCAAAAUCUUCAAACACUAGAUCUUUCUUUCAAUCAUUUGAAUCUCUCUUAUAUCCCAAAAUGGAUAGCAAAUAUGUCGUCGCUUUCGCGCAUUUACUUUGCAGGUUGUGGAAUCCACGGUCAAAUUCCAGACCUUUUACAAACAACUAUUAGUCCAAUCCAGGAACUAGAUUUGUCAAUGAACCUUUUCAAUGGAAUCAUUCCAUCAUGGAUUGGAAACCUCAAUCAACUUUACAUGUUAAAUCUCUCAAAAAAUUAUAUUCAUUCACAUAUUCCUCAUUCUUUUAGAAAUUUGCAUGAUUUGGCUAUUCUUGAUCUUCAUUCAAAUAAACUAACAGGAUCCAUAUCUCCGAUUUUCGACAUCGAACAACAAGGUAUUUUUGGAGGAUCACUAAGAUUUGUUGAUCUUUCUGAUAACAAAUUCUCAAGUGGAAUUGAGAAAAUUGGUGUAGGAGAACAAUGUGAUAUUCAGUUUCUGAAUUUGUCUCAUAACAUUCUAAAAGGUGUGUUACCAAAUGCUGUUGGGAGAAUGAGUUCUAUUUACAGUUUGGAUUUGAGUUUCAAUGAGUUAGGGGCUAACUUACCAAAGGUGAUGGAAAAUUUAACUUCAUUAGAAACAUUGAAGCUGCAGGAAAAUGACUUCACUGGGAAGAUACCUAUUGGAUUUCUCAAGUUAAUGAAAUUGAAGGAAUUGAACUUAUCUUACAAUCUUCUUGAAGGGGAAAUUCCAAAGGGUAAGCCUUUGAUUGACUUUCCUAAGAGUUGUUAUUCUGGAAAUAAAGGUUUAUGUGGAAAACCUCUUAGUCCUUGUAAACUAUGAGACUGGUCAAAUUUACUGAUCCAUAUAACCAAUGCAGACACUUCAAAAUGAAUUUACGUUUAGUAUCCGACGUUACUUUUUCAAAUUAUUAUCAAUGUCAGUGUUAUUGUCGUGUCCGUCUAUGGUGUAUGUGCAAAUGUUUCAAAGCUUAAAAACUAUGAAACAUUUGGUUUUUGCUUGGUCAAAAAACCAUCAAACUAUGUCUCAAGUUAAUGAUCAUUCACUUAUUUCACCUGCAUUUGCAAAAACAAAAGGACUUAUUUCACUAGUAAAAGGAUCGAUCCUAUAUUUCCAUUAA